GAAACCAGCACUCGCUCACGUCGCAGUCGAGUUGUGUACGUCAGCCGCCUCUACUGAGCAAAGGGUUGAGCAGCGUUGCUCUUUUCUACGGUGACUCAUCGUUGCACGAUUUUCGCUUUUUAUCGGUCGCCAGUCGAGACCGAGCGUUCCACAUUUAAAGUCGCACCCGGACUAUGCGGCUGGACUGAUUGCCGUCCGAGAGCCGUAUUUUUCAGCCCCACAUUUGGACAGAGUGAUGCGGUUCGAAUCGAACUUAUCUCCCACAAAGAUGAAGACGAAGAAAUCUGCUGACGACUCGGGCGUCGUGGAGCUGGAGAAAAAACUAAACGAUUUCUCCCUAGUCGACAACAAGAAAGAGGAGAAAAACAAUUUUGAGGCAAAUGACCUGGACGGUUGCAAGAAAGAAAAAGCUGAGGAGCCGAUCAAAGUGAAGGAGGAGAUUGUGAAAAAAGAGCCCGAAGAUAAAGUGGACGAAGCUGCAGACGCCCUCAAUGACCUGUCCAUAGAGCCAAAAAUCGAGGACAAUGAGGACGAAGAUAGAGUUCCCCGAGGGCCCAUUGGAAAGCACGAUUUGCGUGCCGAGAACAGAAACACGAUUUUACCCUACAUAAACAGAUUCUCACAGGGUACACAUUUCCCCCUCGAUACUGCGGUGGAGGGAUUGUUGUAUGGAUAUUACGGAGAGACACAAAAUUGCACGAGUGAUAACACAAACAAUCGCUAUGGAAACCAAGCCACGCACUUAACAGUCGGAGGGACAGUCCAAGUUCACCAAGUUGUGACGCCAGUUGCCAUCCCUCAAUCUUUCCCUCCAAAUGAUUUCACAGAUGAGGCUACAUUAACAGAGAUGACAAACUUCUUGUUAUCUGCGACUACUGAAAACCCCAUGGCUCUGCAGGUUCUCAAGAGUUUAACAGAUUCAUUAGGAGUUGAUGAGGGGAUUGAAGAAUUUAGUGGAUCUGAGGGACAACUAUCCAUUUCUGGCUCUCCUCCUCAGAACACUACUUACCUCUACAGUCCAGGAGUCGUAUCUCCAUUCUCUUCGGGCUACGAGUCUGGCACAUCCUCGCCAUCGCACUCGCCACCUCGCUCAGAUGAAAAUUAUGUGCCAGAGCCGAUCCAGAAAAUCAACGAUCGGCGGACCGCUCCCAGAGACAUUUUGCCAAAGCUCGAUUUAGGCAUGCCCAUCCAAUCUGAGUUUUACCAAUACAUUUUGCACUUGAACGGAAACAAAGUGGAAAAUUCCGCCAUCCAGAACUACACGCACAGAAUUUACUGGAAGGGUAGCUUGGACAAAUUCACCUGCGCCAUUCCUGAUGGAGACGGCGACACAAUGCUGAUGAUCUACCUUGCCAACCCCAAGUCAACGCAAGAAAUCGCUAAGAAAAUGAGGUACACCACUCAUCAAGAAACUGUUUUCCGGCUGUUCAGCAUUUUCCAUCUGGUUGAGCGCUUCUACAAGGAAUGCCCUGCGGCGCUUGAGGCUCAAAAUAAUCUUUGUCAGUCCGUUAUCCACUUGGCCGCGAGUAAUUGCUCUGAACACCCAUUGGUGGCAGCCUACGUUGCCGAAAAGCUGGAAGCGAACAAUUACAACUUCAACCAAAAUUGUUGUGCAGCCAACUGUUUCAUGCAGGGCAGCGGAAACCUGCUUCAUUGCAUCGCGCACAACGGAGAUUCCCAUGCGGAGGUGUUGAAGAGCCUGCUGCAAGUGCAAAAGCUGCGAGAGCUGAUCGACUCGCCCUGCCACCACAAUGCUUUUUUCAUGCUCACACCCAUGCACGUCGCCAUCAAAGCCCAGAACUAUGAUCCUAAGGGAGCGCUCCAAUGUCUGAAGACCGUUGAAUACCUGAUCAAGGAAGGUGCCAGCUUCACCAAGAAGUCGUUUUCAUCGCCAAAACAAAUUGCGCUACACAUUGCUCUUCAAGGCAAACCAAAUUACGAGCUGGUCGAGUUGAUUUUGCGUUACAUGAGCGCUACCGAAGUGAAUGUUCCUGACUCGGAAGACAAUCACCCGCUCAUGAUCUUGGCCAAGGCCAGUAGCCAGCUCGACGACGAUGACGCCCUCAGAAUACUCAACCUGCUUCUUGAAAAGGGCGCGACGCCCAAGAAGGUGGCCGCUGCAAAAAAAGAAGAACUCUUCUAUGAAUUUAACAAGAAUAUUCAAGAUACGUUAAUUCAGUUAGAUGUUGCAGCUGCUUUGAAGACCUAGCUGCUUUAGCGUGAGUGGACAUGGAAUCUCCUAGCAAAAAAUUGUAUUGAAUUAUGUGACUCAUUGUUUCUUGCUGUUAAGUACUUCGGCGAGCUUGGGAAGUGCAACACACCUUUCCAUGUAUAUAAACGGAUGUGUCAUCAAUGUGACUUAAACCUGCUCAAGUUAGCACUCUAAACGAUGGUGUUAAAAACUUAUUUUUGAUCGAAUCAGAAUUACUCAUUUUUCAUAUUGAAAUUAUUUGUUCAUCAAGCAGGUUCAGUUGAAGGUGUUAUAUUCUUUGUUUUAUGGCCUAGCAAUAGAAGAGUAUGUACAAAUCUUAUUUUCUUAAGUCCUUAUUAAUCAAAAUAAUGUUAGUCCUUUGUAAUAUUAGGCAUAAGAUUUCUUCAUAGGCAUUUUGAUUUUAAGAUAUUUAAAAACUAAUUUUUCUUACCUGGAUUCUCAAGCUUGAAAAUCUUAAAUUUUAUGAAGUUACAAAAAAUACGUUGCAUGUUGACAGUCAGAAAAUUUUAUCUUGUUGUUGGACAAAAUGUUUAAAAGUUUUAAAUGAAAAAAAAGUGAAUUGUGAAAAUAUUGCCUUGCAAAUGUAUUUUGUCUUGUAAAUUAUACCGACCAUUUGUUAUAUAAUUAUACCAUCGAACCGCAGAAGGCGCAUUUACAAAAAUAGUUCUGAAAAUGUUCUGGCAAAUUUACAAAAUUGAUCAUUUUGAAUCAAUUGUGAUUCUUCAAUGUGGUUUAACUUUUAACAAAGGCAUAACCUUAAGGAGUUAAAAUAAUUCAAUAAUGAUAUUGCUUGUGAAGUAUUUUGGCUUCUUCAGCUUGUAAUUUUCUCAAAACGAAAGUAAAUGACAGCAGUCGUCAUAAUUCAUUCUUAAAGUGUUGGUUUCAGUACUUUGGCAAGCCAUAUCUGUUUGCGUAAGAUUUCAAAAAUCAGCAAAUCGAUUAAAAUAAAAAAUAUUUGUACCUGGAAUUUAAAAUAUGUAAAAAAUAUAGUGUAUGGUCUUAAAA